CACCACCUGGCCCGGAUGUCUUCAAUCCGCAGGCAAAACUCGUCGAGCUCUCUAGCGCGAUAUGCCGUGGCAAAGUCCCCUGGCGUGGACCUUUACAACGGCAGCACCUCACGCGACUUUUGCAACUCAUUCUGGGGCGUCGGCGAUGCGGGAGUCAACAUCCUUUUCGCUCGAAUGAGGGGGGCUGUACGCACGACAGACGAGUUGCGCAACUUCUGGAAGGAGAGGGCUAUUAUUGAAGAGGAAUACGCUAACCGGCUGCUCACGCUGGCCAAGACGACGCUGGGGAAGGACGAGAUCGGGGAGCUACGGAACUCACUCGACAUAUUGCGACUGGAGACGGAGAAACAAGGGGCCACACAUCAGCAGCUGGCUGGGCAAUUGAGGACGGAACUGGAGGGCCAAACGAAGACGCUGCUCGACAGACAGAUAAACCACCGCAAAAAUGUGCAAAGCCCAUUGGAGAAGCGAUUCAAAGUGAAACAGACGCAGGAGUCGUAUGUGCUCAAAGCCCGCGAGAAAUACGAGAGCGACUGUCUUCGUAUUGCCUCUUACACGCAGCAAAUCGAAGUCAACCCGGGAAAGGACGUUGAACGACUGAAUCUCAAGCUCAAGCGUGCGCAGCAAACAGUGCAAGCAAACGAGAAAGACUUUGCAAGCUUCACCAAAACUGUUUUGGAUAUGAUCCCGGCCUGGGAGAAGGACUGGAAAGAGUAUUGCGAUGCGUCGCAAGAUCUGGAGGAGGAUCGGCUGGAUUUCAUGAAGGACAUCAUCUGGAUGUAUGCCAACGCUGUUUCAACAUUGUGUGUCUCCGAUGACCAGUCGUGUGAACGAAUCCGGACUGUUCUCGACCAAUUAGAGCCCGACAAGGAUGUCGAAAACUUCGUUCAUGAAUACGGAACUGGAAACUCUAUACCCGACCCUCCAGUAUUCGUGCCAUAUCGUGACCAGCAACCUGAUGGGUCCUCUCGACAAGUUCCUGGCUCAAGACCUGCCAACUUCAAACGCGCUUCUGCUCGACCAACAGCGAGCAAUGAUCGGGCGGCGGAAUCCUCCCAACGGGCAGACCCGUCCCCUCCUCAGGCCCAACAAGAAGAUAUAGGCAGCAGUUCCCGCUCGGGAAGCAGAGUUGACGAGUAUGUUGACCGGAGUAUUGUCGAUCCUGCAGUUGGACGUGCUCCGAAUGGGACUCCUGUCAUGGUGAAUGGAAGUGGGAGUGGGAGUGGGAGUGGGCGGUCUCAACAGCAGCAACAACAGCAACAACCAUCGUUACACCCACAACAACCACCGCCGUCUACCUGGCAACCCCCGUCAGAACCGCAAGAGCGAAGACUUUCCGCGCCACUUCCCCAACCCACCCAAGGGUCAUAUCACGAACCACCCCGAGCACCGACUCCACCGCCACAGGAACCUAAUGGCGGUGGUGCUGGUGGAAGUGUGUUAUUCUAUGUCAAAGCGCUGUACGAUUAUACGGCUUCGAUUCCAGAAGAGUUCGACUUCCAGUCUGGCGACGUUAUAGCGGUUACUUCGACGCCAGACGAUGGUUGGUGGAGCGGAGAGCUGUUGGAUGAGGCGCGGAGAGAACAGGGACGACAUAUAUUCCCCAGCAACUUCGUCACGCUGUUCUAA